CACGGCGCGGGGGCGGGGCCCCGCGGGUCACGUGGGGGCGGCGGCGGCGCGAGCGGCGCGCGGGGAGCGGAAGUGCCGGCGGCCGAUGAGAGCGGCCUGGGCUGCGCUGUCGCUGCUGCUGCUGCCGGGGCUGGGCCGGCGAGCGCCGCCCAUGGCCAGCGCUGCCCCGGGGACGGCGGGGGACGCCCGCGCGGCACCGCCGGGAACGUCACCGGAGCAGGGGACGCCGGGGGUGACGCCGGGGGUGACGCCGGAUACGCCCCCGGCAGCGUCUCGGCCGCUUUCGUCACCUGCCCCAACCUGAGCGUGGCCACCGAGCUGGCCAGGGCUCUGGUCCAGCAGCGUUUGGCCGCCUGCGUGAACAUCGUACCUGGGGUCACCUCAGUGUACACGUGGCAGGGGAAGUUGGAGGAGGACAGUGAGGUCCUGAUGAUGAUCAAGACCCGCAGUUCCCGGGUGCCGGCGCUCACCGACUUCAUCCGGUGCCAUCACCCGUACGAGGUCCCCGAGGUCGUGGCGCUGCCGGUGGCUCAGGGGAACGCUCCGUACCUGCGCUGGGUGGGCGACGCCGUGCCCCCCUGAACCCCCAAAACAACCCAGAA